CCUACACUUCCUCCUAUAGUGACUCAUGAGCUUGAAUAUGGUGCAUACCAAACAAGCAUGGUUAUUCAUGGGAACAGUAACCGUGCAUAUAACUGCGAGCCCAUAAUUGAGUUUCCACCAAGUCCGGUGUAUGGAGGGCUUAACGAUGAACUUUCUGACAUUGAAGAUGUGGCAGAAGAAUAUUACCAAGCUAAAACAGAUAGACGUUUUGGCUUUUGGAAACCCGAAAAUGGAAAGGACAUGGUGCUAACAAAUCCGCAACAACAAACGAAUAACCUAAAAACCAUAUUCCGCCUAAGGACAGAGCAUCAUGCGUAUGCAACAAUAUAUUUCUUAUCUUUGCAAAUUUUCUUAUGCGCCCCUAAGCUUGACAUGCUUUAUAUUAUUUGCAGGUACAUGCUCCCAGCUGAACAUAAAGUCUUAGAGCAGUUUGAUAAGAAAGAUGAGGGAGAUCACGUGCCUUAUCUUCUGGUUCGUGAUCCUUCAUGCAAUGACGACGAUAACACAGUGAAAGGCACAGUUCUGAUACCCUGUCGGACAGCAAACCGCGGAAACUUCCCAUUGGAUGGUACCUACUUCCAGAACAAUGAGGUGUUCGCAGAUGACUCAACUAGCCGUUUACCGGUAACAAUUCCCAGAGAAAGUAUCUGGGGCCUCGAGAGAUGCACUGUAUAUAUGGGUUCAUCAAUACAUUGGAUCACACAAGACCUAACCUACGAAGAAAUUCAAGACUGCUUCAAGAAUGGAUAUAUUUGUGUAAGAGGAUUCGAUCGGGAAACAAGAGAACCAAGAGAACUAUGCGCGACGCUACAUGCCACCCAAGACAAAAACAAGGGAAAGAAAAGGGCAGGAGGAGAUGAAUUCGCGGUCGGCCAGUGGGUGUAUGUCUGCCUCGAUCACGAUUUUGCACCAUCCAGAAAGAAGCUCCCUCCUAGUUUCUAUGGGCCUUACCCUGUGGCUGAGAAGAAUCUCGACAGGAUGUAUAGGCUGAAGCUUCCCCAGUGUGCACUUCUUGAUAGAGAGUUCCAUGUAAGCCAGCUGAAGCCUUUCAAUGGAGAUCCGCCAACCGAGCUGCCGUUGCUGCCCCCACAAUGGGUCCUUGCGUCAAGAACUUCUCUCGGAGAAGAGCUCACAAAGUUUCAAGCCAACUAUCCUCAAUUCAAAAUCCAAGUUAAGCUACUCCGCGAUGAUGUCAUGUUUGGCCUUGUUUACCGGCGCCGCUCACUCACUCGUUUGGCCAAGUAUGGCCGUGUUUAUGUGCGCCGUGCACGCCCUGCUGUGAGCAAGUAAGUAUGACCUUACCUACUGGCGCCGGGAUGAUUAUGUUGGGUGCCACACUGCGGUAGCAAGGCCUUCCCAGGAUCAUGUUAGUGAAGAACGUCUACUAGUUGAAGUUGCAGUUGCUUUGCGUCAAAAGAACAAUGUAUACUUGUGGCGUGGAAAGCUAGGAAAUUGCUGUAAAUUGGAAACAGUUGUUGCUUGCACUGAAAUUUGUAUGUUAGUUUACUGAGAACACGUUUGUGGCAUGAAAAGCUGAGACGUUGGUGUAAA